AUGUCAGAUCCAAGGAGAAGAAGCACAAGACAUUUGUUGACGCCAGAUAAUCUCUCGAGCGCGAUUCAAAUCACGAAUCUACCUCAAAAUUGGACUCAGGAAACAGUGACGUCAGUCAUCGCAGGAUCAGGCCCCAUAGUUGCAGUUUCUACCAGAACGGAUCCUCGUAAUGGUAAGAUAAUAGGCGUCAUUGUCGAGUACGCGACCAGUAAAGAUUGUAAAAGAGCGCUCGAGACCAUUCAAAAGAUAAAGAAGUUUCCCUGCGAUAUGGAACGAACCAUUCCAGCCGGUUAUAGAGACUCUACCAAAAAUCAGAGAUCCGUUUUGGAUUUACAAAGAGAAAAAUUUCCUUGGGAAUCUGGACUUGAAUUACCGUUCGAACUUGUAUCCGAAGUACCUCUACCACGGCGUCCAACGAAUCCGGUUCCAGUCUCUGGAGGUGACGACAGCAGCACGUCGCCAACCACAGCAGCAGUUGCGUUCCCCGAUAUUUUGAGCAAAGCUUCGCAACAUUUACCUGCGUUACGGCCAAAUGCGAUGGCAACACCAGACUCAGUUUCGAUAAAUCUCAGCAAAAUUGCGCCGUUGCAAUUGUUGGAGAUGAUCUCGAAUUUGAAGAUUUUAGCGAACCAAGAUGCGCAGAGGAGUCAACUGGAGAAUUUUCUAGGAUCCAACGUCGACGUGUCCAUAGCUGUCACCCAAGCUUUGUUAGAAAUGGGGUUCAUUAAUUACCCCGUGGUGACCAAAGUUUUGACAGAGCAACAAACGGUUAAAAAUUCGCCUCAGGUCUCUACGGAUUCCGCACCUUUAUACAGCAAUGGGAAUACGCCCAAUGCGACACCAGUGCCGACAGGAAAUGUCCCACUCAAUUCGUUUAGUGGACCGGCUCCAGUAGUCGAUAACCUACAACAGCAACAACAACCACAGCAACCAUUCAAUUAUCCACAACCGGCUGCUCCACAAGCCCCCGUGAUACCACCCAUGUCAGCUCCAAUAAUGGGUUCACAACCACAGCUCAAUUACGCAAAGCUAUCCACCCUCCCGCAACAACAACAAGAUAUGAUAAAGCAGGUCAUAACAUUGCCAAUGGAUCAAAUUAGUCUGUUACCACCUGAGCAAGUCGCCAUGGUCGACAAUUUCAAAAAAGAGUAUUUACUUUGA